AUGGCUUUCAUAAUGAGGCAGUCCGUGUGCUCCAUGUCCUCAUCGUCUGCCACCGCGGCCUCAGCGAAGAAAAUCCUCAUCAAGCACGUGACCGUCAUUGGCGGUGGGCUGAUGGGUGCCGGCAUCGCCCAGGUUGCUGCAGCAACUGGCCACACAGUAGUGUUGGUGGACCAAACAGAGGAGAUUCUGGCAAAAUCUAGAAAGGGAAUUGAGGAAAGCCUUCAGAAAGUAGCCAAGAAGAAUUUUGCGGAAAAUCCCAAGGCUGGCAAUGAGUUCAUGGAGAAGACGUUGAGCAGCAUAUCAACCAGCACGGACGCAGCAUCCAUGGUCCACAGCGCAGACCUUGUGGUGGAGGUCAUCAUAGAGAAUCUGCAGGUGAAGAAUGAGCUCUUCAAGAGGCUGGACAAAUUUGCUGCUGAACACACAAUCUUUGCCAGCAACACUUCCUCUUUGCAGAUCACAAGCAUAGCCAACGCCACUACCAGACAGGACCAAUUUGCCGGGCUCCAUUUCUUCAACCCAGUCCCCAUGAUAAAACUUGCGGAGGUCGUUAAAACACCAAUGACCAGCCAGAAGACUUUUGAAUCUCUGAUAGACUUCUGCAAAGCCCUGGGAAAGCACCCUGUUGCUUGCAAGGACACUCCCGGGUUUAUUGUGAACUGUCUCCUGGUGCCAUACCUCAUGGAAGCAGUCAGGCUGUAUUAACGAGGUGAUGUGACCAAGGAAGACAUUGAUAUUGCUAUGAAGCUGGGCGCCGGGUACCCCAUGGGCCCAUUCGAGCUUCUCGAUUACAUUGGGCUGGAUACUACAAAGUUCAUCUUGGAUGGGUGGCAUGAAAUGGAUACAAAGAACCCCUUGUUUCAGCCCAGCCCAUCCAUGAAUAAGCUGGUAGCAGAGGAUAAGUUUGGCAAGAAGACUGGAGAAGUAUAUUACAAAUACAAGUGA